AUGCCACUGCUGGACGAGCUGAAGGAUAUCAAAGGAAAGUACAGUGCGGAUGUUGUCGACCACUUUGAAAGGCCAAGAAACAUAGGGUCGCUGGACAAACUGGACUCCAGUGUUGGGACAGGAAUAGUUGGUGCUCCAGCAUGUGGAGAUGUGAUGAAGCUGCAGAUCAAAGUAAGCAGUAACAAUGUAAUUGAAGAUGCUAAGUUCAAAACGUUUGGAUGUGGGUCUGCAAUAGCAUCUUCGAGCCUGGCAACAGAAUGGAUCAAGGGAAAGACAAUAGAAGAAUCGUUGAAGAUAUCAAAUAAGGAUAUAGCGAAAAGACUGUCGUUACCACCAAUCAAGCUGCAUUGCUCGAUGCUGGCUGAGGAUGCAAUAAAGUCUGCAAUCAAAAACUAUCUUGACAAGAAUCGUUAA